AUGUUCACCAUUAAACAGUAUCGCUUCUUUUGGCAUUGGCUCGUAUUCGAAGUGGCGCAACAUUGGUGGUUCUAUGAUAUUGGUAUGAACGGCACGUUGUUGACUAUCAUGUCUAUACUGGGAGUAAAGAUGUGGAAAUUUGAAGAUGAAUUUUUAAAUAAAUAUUACUUGGGUAGCAUGAAAAUAAUGGAAAAACUUGGAAGUAACAGUUUUAUUUUGUACACAACAUAUACACUUAAGCAGAACGUGAGAGAGAAAAGAGUUCAGGAAGACCAUGAGAAUAUUUUUGAGAAAUUUGUUAGUAUGAAUGCCUCUGGUGAUCGCCAAACGUUAUCUGACUGGAGUUUCAACAUGGUUCUUGGAGGCACAUUAAAUUAUAACCUGCAAUAUGGAUUGACAAGAAAAAAAAUAUACUGA